AUGGAAUUUAAGCUUGCCGAUUUCAAGUGUCAGACCACUUACAGGUGCGACGACUUUUCGCCUGAAAGAUAUAAGCAAAGAUACGGUUUGCAUACUCCCUGAUUAUUCCUUCUCAGUAGAGACGGCACAGUUUCAUCAGAGGAGUCAGAUGACGAGGAAUUGAAGAAGUCUCCAUUUGAAGACAGUAGGUCUCAAGAGCCUGAAGAGCUUGUAUUCUCGGUAAAGGAGAAGAACCAGCCUGUUGCAGCCUGCUUGAGCGGAGCCUCUGCAGAGCCUUUAGUGCACAGUAGCUUUUUAGUUGAACAUGCUAUGGAUGGAUUGAUCGGGACAUCUGAAGAAUGUAGAGUAUUUAUGGAUCAGCUUCAGGCAGAUUACGAGGCAUCUCUAGCAGCAGAUAAAGAAAAAGAACUGGAAAAGGAAGCAAGCAUCCGGAUAGAAUCACUUUAA